AUGCCACAAGAUCCCGAUUUUAAAGUUUCCCCAUCGAUUUCCGUAAAAUUAGUUGGUCCAAAUGAUGAGGAUAAAGUACCUGCAUUACAAAUUUUUCCUCUUAAUUCGGAUAUUAAUAUUGAAUGGAGUAGUGAAGGAAUAAAUGACGAUUCAACCGUAUUUAUUCAAGUCCAUUAUAUAUUUCCAACUAUACCAAAGGAAACUUAUGUUCCAUUAUUGAAAGUACCAAAGAUAUCGAAAUUAAACGAGAAUUCGAUCAAAUUAAGCCUUGAAUCGGAAUUAUUUGAAACCGAAAAAUUUUAUUUAGUGACCGUUACUUUGGAAGGUGAUGAAGACGUUGUCGGUUCUUCUGAUCCUUUCGAAAUGAAAUCAUUAAAAUUAUUAAUUGCAUUGGCCGUUUUGUUUAUACAGAUUACUCCGAAUUUAGCAUAUGAGGGAGUCUUAAGCAUUCCAUCUGACUUAAGUUGGAUUGUGUGUAGUGAAGAACGUACUAACACCAUCGGAUUCGAGAUAUCGGAGGUAAAUAAUGAUCAAGUUGAUCAAAAUAACACACUAACAGUUGGUUGGAUGGUUCAAGGAGUGGUAAACGCAAGCCGGUAUAUAACUCAUAGCGUAGGAUUUUCGGUGUUUGUUUUACGCAAAAAAAAUCUAGAGCUAUUUACCAAUAGGGAAGCAUUUGAAAAAAAUGGGGAAAUGUUUGAUUAUUAUUCCGAUUUUUCUUGUGAAGCCCGCGCAGUUACAGAAUGUAACAGGCAUACCGUAGAUCGAAAACUACUUCCGGAUUAUGAUUAUCAAUGUUUAAUAGUUGUAAAUCCUAAUUUUCAACCGGUUGCUAUCCAGUAUAUUAUUAAUUUUGAUUAUAUUGGAUUUCUUGAAAAUAGCGCUAAUGGAUUAAGUGGUGAAGUUGUUCAAAUAUUACAAGUAUUACUAAUUUUUUUUAUCGUGAUAAUUAUGUAG